GUCUUCCAGUUCAUCAUCAGUGAUGCUGGUCCAGAGGGCAAAUUCGUUCUUGACCUGAAGAAUGGCAGCGGUGCUGCGAAAGCAGGUGAGGAGGGCGGCGACUGCACCAUCACUAUGAAGGAUGACGACCUUGUGGCAAUGGCAGAAGGCAAGUUAGAUGGCAUGCAGGUUUUCAUGGGAGGCAAGCUGAAGAUCAAGGGUAACAUGAUGCUGGCCCAGAAGCUGCAGUCCAUCCUAGAGGCUUUGUUUGAUGCCAUGUCUGCGGCUGUGAAGAGCAAGGGUCCUGAGCUUGUCAAGAUGGGAGGCGCAGUCUUCCAGUUCAUCAUCAGUGAUGCUGGUCCAGAGGGCAAAUUCGUUCUUGACCUGAAGAAUGGCAGCGGUGCUGCGAAAGCAGGUGAGGAGGGCGGCGCCGUGGGCCCCUGA